AAAAUUACUAGGUACCAAUGUAAUCACCAGAUGACAACUCUUCGAUACCUAAACUACCUAUAAUGUCUGCUUCGCGCGCUGUUGCAAUAAUAACUCCUGGCAACAACCUCCAACAUGUUCGGUAUGCCCACAAGAGGCUAUCGAGACAACUCGCGCCUCUCUCCCCCGCGCAAAUAGGACGAGCUACUACUAGAUCUCAUAUCGCAUACUCUAUUCAGCAAACCCGGCUCCAAUCUUCAAAUUCACACGAAUCUGAUAAGCAGAAACCGCCGCUUCCGCCCUUAAGACUACUCCUUCGAGCCUUAAGACAGAGCUUAAGUCUUCGCCCUAUAAUAGGCGCAUUUCGUGAUCAGAGUCUCCGAUCACUAUUUCGGCAAAGCCCGGAAGAGCUUGUUCUUGCGAUUAUUCUUUUAUGUGUCAUAUUUGGCGCAUGCGUCUAUGUAGUUUAUGCCUAUUUUAAUUAUUUUCAGUCUGAACAAUUCACGAAAUUCCCGCCCGAAAUAGCAAAGUCCCUUCGCCGUGCACUAUAUUAUAGCAACUAUUCGCCCGAUCCGAAGCUAGCUCUCAAGUACUACCGUCUCGCCUUGGAACAAUGCUCCAAAGCUGGCCUCGAUCCCUUUUCCGAUGAAGUCAUGGGGCUCCGGAUCCAACUGGCUGCGUGGUUCGAAAAAAUUGGUAGCUACAAAAACUCUAUCCAAGUCUUAGAAGCGCUGCUUCAAGACAGUAAGCAAUGGGUUAAAGUUAUGGAGAAGAGUGUCCGAGACGGGUUGAUCGACAAGUCAGGAAAUUUGCUAGGCACAUCGAAACCGCAACCUCCUACGAAAGAAGCCGGUAGCGAUCCCGAAAUGCCCACGAAUGUAGAAAACAUGUGGGCCAAGAGGACAAGAAUUCUCGGGAAAUCGGUCGGAAUAAGCGUCAAGCUUGGAGAACUUUAUUCCAAUGAACAUGUUCUCCAGAGUAACUCUGCUGGUGACCACUUAGUAUGGGCAGUCGAGACCGUCUUGAAAGAACUACAAAGACGCCAAACUGAGGGUGUCAAGGUGGACGAGGGCGACUGGAUGACCCCGGAACAGAUUGGGGGCGCACUCGAGGCGUUGGGGAAUCAUUAUGAGUCCAAAUCGCAGCAUUAUCUCGCAGCACCGCUCUUCCUUCAAGCAAUCUCGCUUUCGCCCCCCAACAGCUGCCAUACGGCUGUCCUGAUGAACAACCUGGCCACCUCUCUGGCGCAACAACCCGUCGAAACAUGGUCAGAAUCUAGCGAGGUUUCUCAAGCUAAGGAACCUAAUGCGGCUGUCCGUCCGACACGGUCCGCUCUCCUAGCUAGUGCCCGUUCCUGGGCCCUGCAUGCUCAGAAGACGGCUGAAAAGGUACAGGGCGAAGAUAGAACUAUCGAAUGCGACGAGACUUGUGCUGUAGCACUCUGCAAUCUUGGAGAUAUCGCGGCUAUGUCUGGAGACACCAAGGAAGCCAGUCUAAGGUUUAAAGAGAGCUUAAGUUUAAGCAGACGAAUUUCGUUUGAACCGGGUAUCCAACAAGCUGAAGAAGGUCUUCAGCGUCUUGCUGCGUCACCAUCCUCUAGGGCUAUUUGAUUAGAUACAGUCCAAACGUAUAGUUAAGGAUGACUGUCUACUUGUCUCUCAAGAUAGGAGCUUCAUUAUAUGGAUGCGGAAUAAUUCUAUCGACGAAUUAUCCGCAAACUCUAUCUAGAGUGACACACGACAGAAGUCAACAAGACUCUAGACUUU